CCCUCCAGGCCACAGGUUGAGCAAAUGCUAAGGGCCAAGGACAGGGAGACACUCCUCAUGAAGGGGUGGUCCUCAUCCUUUCAGAUCAACUUCCUGCUGGAGGCUCCACCCUCACCACGUCCCUCCCUCUUCUCUCAUCCGGAGUCACCUUUUGGGAUUUUGGAGUUGGGCACCAUGGGGACUCCAAAUGAUCGGGCAGUGCUGCAGGCCAUCUUCAACCCUGACACCCCAUUUGGAGAUAUUGUUGGACUGGACCUCGGAGAGGAAGCAGAAAAGGAAGAACGAAAAGAAGAUGAAGUUUUCCCUCAAGCACAGCUGGAACAGUCCAAGGCCCUGGAGCUGCAGGGGGUGAUGGCAGCAGAGGCUGGGGACCUCAGCACAGCCCUGGAGAGGUUUGGCCAAGCCAUCUGCCUGCUGCCUGAGAGGGCUUCAGCCUACAACAACCGUGCCCAGGCCCGGCGACUCCAGGGAGAUGUGGCAGGAGCCCUGGAGGACCUGGAACGCGCGGUGGAGCUGAGCGGCGGCCGGGGCCGCGCCGCCCGCCAGAGCUUUGUGCAGCGCGGACUCCUGGCGCGGCUGCAAGGCCGAGACGACGACGCCCGCAGGGAUUUCGAGAGGGCGGCACGGCUGGGCAGCCCCUUCGCGCGGCGCCAGCUGGUGCUGCUCAACCCCUACGCCGCGCUGUGCAACCGCAUGCUGGCCGACAUGAUGGGGCAGCUGCGCCGCCCCCGCGACAGCCGCUGAGCGCUGCUGGCCCGCGCGUCCGUGGGCGAGGGGACGGGAGGGGGGCCCUGAACCAAUAAAGCCGUCGGGCCUAACCGACUCCGCCUGCUCCUGCGUCCUGCCCGCGCCCGGAGGGAAGGGCACGCGGGGGCACUCUGUGCGUGGGGCCUCUCGGCGCGGGCUAGGGACCAGCCAGGCGGGUGGUGAGCCGCGACCGCCCACCUGCCGGGAAAGGGCCUGUGGGGCCAGUGGUCGGGCAUCGAUUGGCCCUGCCUGGCUCAGCCCCCGCCCUUGCAGCGGACUGCGGUGCUCAUCAGACCUGAGCAGUUGCUCCGGCAGCGGUCGGGGAAGGAGCCAGCCUGGGGCCCAGGCCCGGGCCACCAUGGCGCUGCCUCCAGGCCCAGCCACCCUGCGGCACACACUGCUGCUCCUGCCAGCCCUUCUGAGCUCAGGUACACCCCUGUUCAGUCGUUGACCAAGUCCUUCUGGGGUCCAAAACCCCCUCUCUCCUCUGUCUGCUCUUCUGUUUGGGUACCUACUCCAGGCCCGAAACCCUGGAGCCCCUGUUCCCUUCACCCACCUACCUAGGUCCAACCAGCCAGUCCCUGGUGAGAGGACUCAGGCGCCCUUUCCCUUGGCCUGCUGCUCCUCUCACUGGGGCAAUUCCUGGUCACAGCACAGUACCAACCCUGCCUGACCCCUUCCCAGAGGCCCCCUGCUGUGUUCCAGGUUGGGGGGAGUUGGCGCCACAAAUAGAUGGUCAGACCUGGGCUGAGCGGGCACUUCGGGAGAAUGAACGCCACGCCUUCACCUGCCGGGUGGCAGGGGGGCCUGGCACCCCCAGAUUGGCCUGGUAUCUGGAUGGACAGCUGCAGGAGGCCAGCACCUCAAGACUGCUGAGCGUGGGAGGGGAGGCCUUCUCUGGAGGCACCAGCACCUUCACUGUCACUGCCCACCGGGCCCAGCAUGAGCUCAACUGCUCCCUGCAGGACCCCAGCAGUGGCCGAUCAGCCAACGCCUCUGUCAUCCUCAAUGUGCAAUAUCCAGCCAUCCUGUUCCUCAGCACGCCCUCUGAGGAGAGGCCCAGGCCCCUGGCUCCCAUCUGGGUUUGGGAAGAAAGGGCCAGAAGUAUAAGGGGCUGUGGUGAGAGCAUAUUGGCCUCUGCUUUGCACCAGUCAAGCCAGAGAUUGCCCAAGUCGGCGCCAAGUACCAGGAAGCUCAGGGCCCAGGCCUCCUGGUUGUCCUGUUUGCCCUUGUGCGUGCCAACCCGCCUGCCAAUGUCACCUGGAUCGACCAGGAUGGGCCAGUGACUGUCAACACCUCUGACUUCCUGGUGCUGGAUGCACAGAACUACCCCUGGCUCACCAACCAUACAGUACAGCUGCAGCUCCGCAGCCUGGCGCACAACCUCUCGGUGGUGGCCACCAAUGAUGUGGGUGUCACCAGUGCCUCACUUCCAGCCCCAGUGACUCCAACAACCUAAAACUCAACAACGUGCGCCUGCCACGGGAGAGCAUGUCCCUCCCGUCCAACCUUCAGCUCAAUGACCUCACUCCAGAUUCCAGAGCAGUGAAACCAGCAGACCGGCAGAUGGCUCAGAACAACAGCCGGCCAGAGCUUCUGGACCCGGAGCCCGGCGGCCUCCUCACCAGCCGAGGUUUCAUCCGCCUCCCAAUGCUGGGCUAUAUCUAUCGAGUGUCCAGCGUGAGCAGUGAUGAGAUCUGGCUUUGAGCCGAGGGCGAGACAGGAGUAUUCUCUUGGCCUCUGGGCACCCUCCCAUUCCUUCAAGGCAUCCUCUGCCUAGCUGUGUCACCAACGUGAAGAGGUCAUGCCACUGCCACUUUUGCUUGCCCUCCUGGCUGGGGUGCCCUCUAUGUCAUGCAUGUGAUGCAUUUCACUGGGCUGUAACCCACAGGGACACAGGUAUCUUUGGCAAGGCUACCAAUUGGACCUAAGCCCCUCAUGCUGACUCAGGGCGGGCCCUGCAUGUGAUGACUGGGCCCUUCCAGAGGGAGCUCUUUGGCCAGGGGUGUUCAGAUGUCAUCCAGCAUCCAAGUGUAUCAUGGCCCGCUGUAUGCCCACCCCAGUACUCCACAGCACCUUGUACAGUAGGCAUGGGGGCGUGCCUGUGUGGGGGACAGGGAGGGCCCUGCAUGGAUUUUCCUCCUUCCUAUGCUAUGUAUCCUUGUUCCCUCAGGUAAAAUUGAGGACCCUGCUAGCUAUAUAGAACCAUAUUGCCCUUUGUACAGGAACCAACCCCUGGCCCAGGGGCACUGGCCAAGCACAAGUCUUUUUUGCUGCACGCCUCUCUGCUCUCCUCUGCCCCUUCCUUCCCCCCUCCUCCAGAGAAUUCUAGGUUACAUGUUGGACCUUCUCUACUACUUCGCUGGGCACUAGACUUUUCUAUUGGCCUGUGCCACCGCUCAGUAUUAGCACAAGUCAGGGAGGAAGAGGCAGGCGAUGAGUCUAGUAGCACCCAGGAUGGCUUGUAGCUAUGCAUCAUUUUAUUACAGUGUUAGCACUUUAAGCACAUCCCCUAGGGGAGGAGGUGAGUGAGGGGCCCAGAGCCCUCUUUGUGGCUUCCCCACAUUUGGCCUUCUGUGAUUCACUGUGAGUGUCCUGAGCUCUCGGGAUUGAUGGUUUUCCUCUCAGCACGUCUCCUGCACCAUGGGACCCCAGCCCUGACCAACCCCUGGUUGCCCCAUCAGCAGGAAGGUGCCCUUCCUGGAGGAUGGUCGCCACAGGCACAUAGUUCAACAGUGUGGAAGCUUUAGGGGGACAUGGAGAAAGGAGGAGACCACAUACCCCAAAACGACCUAAGAACGCUUUAAAAGGCGACCUGUAAAUGAUUAGAAAUUAAUAUAGUACAGAAUAUAUUUUUCCCUUGUUGAGAUCUUCUUUUGUAAUGUUUUUCAUGUUACUGCCUAGGACAGUGCUGAGCACACAGUAAGUUUAAUAAACUUGACUGAAUUAAUUUA